AUGUCGGACCCUAAACGUGCUAGUCUUAUAACAGCGGGUGCUCCAAAAAGUGCAAAGAAUAAUGUAAAUAAAACAUUGAGAUUGUCUAUAAAUUUAGACGUAAGUGACGAAACAAAAUAUCCAGAGCUGAAUUACAAGGAACUAUACGCAGCAGCAUUGAAGAAGAAGAGUGGAGAGAAUUGUAAGACAUCAGGUCUUGAUCCCUUCUCCGAUAAUGAUGAUGACAUCAAAAGGGUUACGAGGAAAUUUGAACAGAAAUAUGGUGGAAAAAGUACAUAUGGAAAGAAGGGGAGAUCGAAAUAUGAUGACUUGGCUGACAUUGGAGCUGGCUAUGAUGAAAAUGAUUCCUUCAUUGACAACACAGAUGGUUAUGAUGAGAUAAUGCCGCCAGAAUGUGACACAGAGUAUGGAGGUUUCUAUAUAAACAGCGGCAAACUUGAAUUCAAGACUGUACCUGAAAAUAAUAAGCGCGGACUAUCAUCGAGCAGUAGUGAGGAGGAAUCAUCAGCCAGUUCUUCAGAUUCUGAUAGUCAAGAGGCAAAAGACACAAAGAUCAUUACCAACGGGAAUGUUGACUCACAUAAGACUGAACAUCGGAAAAAGAAGAACAAGACUAUUGACAAACAGAAAGCAAAGAAGAUCAGAAGAACGGAUUCCUCAGCGGCCACUUCAGGGAAACAGACUUCAGAUGAGAAUGCCCCAGCAGAUGGUUCAAGUGGUGAUUCAAGAUCUUCAGCCUCGGACUCUCUCACAUCUAAACCUGCUCCCAGCUCAGAGAAUAAUGUCACUUCGGAUAGUUCAAGAGAUGCAGAAACAAAAGUAGAAAUCAAACUGCCGGCCGCUGUGAACCAAAUACUCGAAGAGCUCGAGACAUUGAGUAGAUUCAAAGAAAAUCUAGGGAAGGAUGAUAGCAAGACUGACGCUUGUAUUGUUAGACUGGGUAAAGCUCUCAAGGAGGUUGUAGACACUCGUCUGAGUGAUCACGCGUGGUCAAGAGCUGCUAAAAUGCUGGGAAUAGGAGUGGACGUCAUCACACACAGGGCGAGGGAACGAGAGAAACUUGAUACGGCCCCAGUACAAACUUCUCAACCACAACCAAUAGCGGGGACUAAAAGAAAACUUGAUGAGCUAUUAGAUACAAGCACUAUGACUCCUGAACAGAAGGAAGCUAAUAUAGAGGAUAUAUUACAAAGGUUAAAGACAUUAAUAAAAGAACGUGAACCAGGAAUAAUGUCGACAUACAAAACUGAAUGUGAACGAGUUGAGGAAGAAAGGAAAAAGCUGUCAAUCGGUUCAGUAUCUGGCGCUAGUUCGGAGCGUCGUCGUCCCAAACGUCGUUUUCCUUGGUGUGCUCGCGUCAGGGGGCUGCUGGCCCGGCUCGCAGCCCUAGGGGGCGCGCCGGAGCACCCGGACGCGGCCGCAGCCCUACUCACGCAGAGAGCCUUCCCUCUGUUCCCUGACGGCUUUGUGCGCCAGCCCACAUUACUUAAACAGGCCGGUCUCAACAAAGACAUCAAGGUUUCAGACUUCAAGAAGCAACGAGUCAGUUCAAUAUCUCAAACGGUUCAACCGGCUCAAACGGUUCAACCAUCUCAAAUGGUUCAACCUACACACGUAUCUCAACCAGUGCAACCUAUAAUAACAUCUACACAGUUCACUGAACCCAUACAGUUCCCGAGCUCACUCACAGUGACAACCUCGGUCAAAAAUAUAGAAAGAACAGAAGAUGAGAAAUACAAAGUGAAUCCAGGGAUCGGAGCACUUAUAAACUCAUACACACUCAACAAAGACCUAGUUAUAGAGAAACCCGAAGACAGAAAACCUGAUAGAAGCAAAGAGGAAUACAUACCCACAAAUAGUAUAGGCAGCAUUACGAUCACACCUGUCGUUAACAAAGAUAAGGCUAAGGAACCCCUACUAAGAGUCAAGUCACCAGCCGCCUUGAACGAAAUGAUACACAAGAAAGAUAAACCUAAGAAAACAGAUAAAAAUAUCACUAUUUACAGAGAUAAAAGAAUCGAAUCCCCCUUACAAGUGGAUAUAAGUGUCAACACUAAGAAAGAUUCGCAGAGUCCGAAACUCAAAGAGGAAAUAAGUCAGAAAGUUAUAGAGAAUAUGCGUUCAGUGGAGAACAAUAUACCGAGACCGGCUUUGAUAUCGGUGCAUCAUUCUCCGACGUUCGUCAAACCAGACAAACGACCGCCCGAAGUGAGGAAGAAGAAAGAAUUAAUAAUAUCUGAUGAAGAUCCGGUUAGUGAGGUGCCCGAUACUAACGAUGUCGAUGAUAAUAGUGAUGUGGUGUUCAUGGGGGAAGUGAGGGACAAGUGUGAGGAUAGUGAUGUGCCUUCGGACGUUAAGAGUGAUAAGUGUGAAGACGUGACUGACGAAACGGCCAAGGAGGUCAUGAGGAACUUGAGGGAAAUGGCGGCUGAUUCAGACAUGAAGUAA